CGCUUCGGAGACUCGGCACACGCUUGAGUGUGAUCGGACUGGAUACACGCAUCUCAGCGAAGACGCGGAAUAACUGCAGCCGCUUUUCAAAGGGUUUUCUUUUGCAAGAUACAUUGCAUAACUGCCUUAGACAUGCCUGUGUCAAGAAUGAGAAUGAGACCUUGGCUGGAGGACAGAAUCGAGUCGAAGUCGAUCGCCGGACUGAAAUGGGUGAACAAGGAUGAGAAGAUGUUCUGUAUUCCCUGGAAGCAUGCAGCUCGCCACGGCUGGGAGAUGGACAAAGACGCCUGUCUGUUUAAGGCGUGGGCCAUCCACACGGGAAAGUAUAGGGAGGGAGCAGGUAACCCAGACCCCAAGACGUGGAAGGCCAAUUUCCGCUGUGCGAUGAACUCGUUGCCCGACAUCGCGGAAGUGAAAGACAAGAGCAUCAACAAGGGCUGUGGAGCCGUGCGCGUUUACAAGAUACUGCAGGCCGUGUCCAAGAAGCGAGACAAGAAGUCCAGUACACGGGACAGCAGAAAAAAGAGCAGAGGCAAUAAAACAAAGGUCGCGGAAAGCGACGAGGACUACGAAGACUCAGGAACGAGCCUGGAUGAAGAUUCGAUGCAGGAAAACACCGUGGACAGCACCCAGAACCACUCCGACGACGCUCUUUCGCCGUCGCCGUACGGAAAUGAGGAAGAGAUCACAACGGACUGGAGCGGCCCGGCACUGACCACUCCCGACAGCACCAACGGAUUUCACUUCCAAGUCUCGCCCCUACGCUCAGAUUUUGAAGUUGACGAAGCGGCGAUCAUUGCGAUGGCCCAGCAGCUGGAGUUGGACCAGUCGCAGUGGCAGGAGUGCGACAUGAACGCCAAAAACGUGCUGACCCAGGACCUGGCCCCGGUCCACACGUUCUCCAGCCCGGAGAGCCAGUGGAGCGACACCUCAGGGGAGGAGCUGGAACUGCGGUUUUACACAGAGCUCACGGGGAGGAACAUGGACCUGGUGAACUACCUCGACCCUGACCCCUGGACCUCCGACUCCGCCAGCCAUUUCUCGCCGAUCGCCUGCCCCCCCUGAGGGCCCUGGGCCGAGAAACCUGAACGCUGAACAUACCUGUACACACCUGUAUACCUGUGUGUUGAACACACCUGUACACACCUGUACCUACCGGCGCGACCUUCCUCACCGCACCAGACUGGGAUUUUACGCCUCAGAUGGACAUGUGAACUUUUCCGCCCUUUGCCCCCCCCGCCGUGUGAGACCGGGUAUCUUGCACGUUUGAAGGAAACAAAUGCACACAGUUCCAUAUCUACUUGGCAAGUUCAGCCAUGUCCGUGUCAUAUUCAGACUUGUGUGAUUGCAGCAGCUUGCCAAAAGCUGUUUGUUUGUGUCUGUGUGUGUGUGUGUGUGUGUGUGUGUGUGUGUUUGAGGGGGGAGAGAGGAGACAGAAAGAGUUGGUGAUAGAAGAUGGUGACAGGCAUUUGUUUGAAUUUAGGCAAAAUAAUCAUGUACCAUCAUAUGCCGUAUAUACAGCAUCUUUAAACUGGUGAUUUCAUUUAUUUAUUUUUUUAUUUUUUGCCCCAAAAAAAAAAGAAAAAGAAAUCCGUUACCUAUGCAGGCUUUUUUGUAGGUAAAACAAUUUUUAACAGGGCAGUCUACCCGUACACUCAGGGUGAAAGGUCUUUUGUCAUAUGCUGUUGUGAAUGUGUAAAUACCUUGUAAAUUUGUUUUGAUAAAAAAACAUUAAAAGAUAUAUAUAUAUGA